CAAAUAGAUUUUGAAGGCAGGACAUGCACAACUAUUGCUGCACUGUCUGCUUGUCUACGAUUCAUCCAAUCUGGUGGAGGACUGCUGUGCUCAUCAACUGGAUAUCUGGGAGGGUUCUGAAAUAGAGAGAGUACAAUACCAGGGAGGAGAGAGGAGGGCUGAAGGAGGAGAUAGGGGAAGGGAGAAGGGGGAAAGGGAUAAAGGGGGUUGGAUGUUUUUCUAAGGUUCAGUUUAGGACAGUCAAAUUAUUAAUUUCCAUCCUUAGCGGGGGACGAUCUUUAACCUUAUUUCUUGCUCCUUAACUUCCUUCUGUCUUUCUUUUUAUCGAUAACUGACACAGCCUUCAUUUAUUAUUAGGUGUGUACAAAUGAAGAAUCUAUUGGAUGCUGUACUGCAGAGUGAAGAAGGAGGGGCACAGAGGGGGAUCGGGGAUGCAGGGAAAAGGAGCUGGAAAAAUUUGGAAGUGGAGUCCUCGUUCCAAGAGGGUGUUGGACAGGAGAUCCCAGGAAACGAAAGGCAGUUUCAAGACCUGUCCUUUCUGAAUGGGGCUGGAGAGAGUAAGAGAAGGAAUGCUGAAGAGGAGCUAGUACCUGCGCUAGUGCAUAGGAGUGGGAAGUACAAGGGAGAGGAGAGGGAGAAGGAGACUGUGAUGAUGGAGCUAACAGGGCUGGUCCAGAAAGCUGUGAACGAAAGCAGCUGGUGGGAGAGACGGGGAAUCGACUGCGCAAUACUCACUGCAGCUUUCCUCUCCUUACCUGCAGGUUUCCUGUUGCUGGGUUGUUCUCACACCCUACUCUUCUCAUUGGGAAUCCUGGUCAUGGGGACGGCACACGCGGUUAUCACCGUAAAGGGGACUCACCUAGCCAGCCAUGGGUCGCUAAGCGAGUCCCAGGCUUGGGGACAAUUCUGGGCCGUUUUCUUUAUUGAGCUGUGCGGCUCGUUCUCUGCGAGGGCAGGGGUGCAUGCUCAUAUCAAGAUGCACCACGCCCACACCAACAUCAUUGGCCGGGGCGACUCCAGCACCUGGAAGCUUCCCUUCCUCCCGCGAUACAUCUACAUGUUCAUGGCCCCCCUGGCUGUGCCCGUUAUCACCCCAGUGGUGGCGCUUGGCCUCCUGAAGGACCUCUCCAUGGGUAUUGCAUUGAGGACCCUGUGCAUGAUCAUGCUGGGUCUCUACUCCCAGUACUGGCUCCUCCUCCACCUGUCAGGAUUCCAGUCCCCAGUCUCUGCCCUGCUCUGCAUGCUGCUGUGUAGAGCCGCCUUCUCUCUCCCCUACAUUCAUGUCAACAUCUUCCAGCACAUCGGCCUUCCCAUGUUCUCUGCUAGCCGGAGGCCCAGCCGGAUACAUCAGAUGACGCACGGGGUGCUGAAUUUACCCAGAAACCCUCUGCUCGACUGGACGUUCGGACACUCCCUCAUCAACUGCCACGUGGAACACCAUCUCUUCCCGUUCCUGUCUGAUCACAUGUGCCUGAAGGUGAAACCCAUCGUCUCACGCUACCUCCGAGAGAAGCGGCUGCCCUAUCAGGAGGACGGCUACCUCUCCCGCGUGCGCCUCUUCCUCAGGGAGUAUGAGGAGCUCAUGGUGUUGGCCCCGCCCAUCACAGAGCUGGUGGGCAUGCAGUGAAAAGGAUUCCACAGUUUUGAAUAAUGCUAAAUCAAGAUUAAUAAAUAUCAGUUGUUGCUGAAUAAUGCAUGGGCAGUAUUUUCAAACUCUAUUUGUUAUUAAUCUAUUGUUAUAACAUAAGGAUAAACAUUAAUAAUAGACUAUUAAACACCAUUUACAAUUCUAACACUAGUAAAAAAGAGACUACUCACAAGCUCCUAAAUUAAAUGUCUUAUUACUGGUAUCUUUAUUUGGGGUGUUUUUAGUAGCAGAAAAAAGAUGGUUAAUUAUGUAGUCUCACCACGUGUUAAUUACAAGGUAAUAACACAAGCAAUAAUCUAGCAAUAUGAAUUGUUAAUGGCACUGCACAGUAAAAUACACACUGGUCUGAUGCACAACAGUAUACCUUUAAUGAUAAGCUUUAAAGACAGCACUCAGAUGCACAGUAAUCACUGCAGAUGGUGUUCAUACUGCAAGGGCAUUUUUUUCCUCUCUGGUAUUUCCUUGUGGAAUCAUGUUUCAUGCAAUAAGUUGCACAGUAGGUUGAUCACAAGUGUUACAUUAUCCUUAGGGCUUAAUGCAUGCUGGUCCACGUUACGGCGAGUGGCCAAGUGGAAAUGUCCUAGAGGGAGAAAUGUAAUCCACACACCUGCUGCACUUCGAUGAUGUUAGUCAAUGUAAAACAUUCUGAAUGGGAUCUUAAUUGAAUUGUAUCCUGUGUUAUGUAAAUUGUGUAUGUUGUCUGAUUCUACACUCUAUCUAAAGCACAUGUACAUUGUGUUUAUGACAUGAAAAGAAGCAUGUAUUUCCUGGUUCUAUUAUAUCAGAUGAAACUGCAAUAACAGAACACAAUGUAACAAAAAAUAAAAUUGAGCUAACAAUGUGUUAUUAUAUGCUAAUACUGUAUGUAUGUAUGCAUGGUGGCUUAUUUACAAUAUUCAACAUGCAAAAUUAGUACUACUUAUAUUCCUGUGUGUUUUUGUGUUCUUUUCAGCUGCAACGUAUGAUCACUUCUCAAAGGUCUUUGUAUCAUCAUGUUGCUUCCUAUGCAGAAUGGUACCUUUUUCGGUCGCCCUUUUGUCCGAAUCCAUCUGCAAACAGUAUUUUCAAGAACUCUCAGCUGAUCGAUCCCCUGCUUUGUGAGCGCCUGUGUUUAAGAACAUAAGAACAUAAGAAGGUUUACAAAUGAGAGGAGGCCAUUCGGCCCAUCUUGCUCGUUUGGUUG